AUGGAUGGCUUGGCUUUUCUUCAGGCAACUCACCAACAGGUGAGAACUGCUUUACAACCAUUACUUCAACUGGAAAGGACUCUCGGGAAGAUGGCGGAAGCUCAGAGCAAUUCCUCUCCGUGGCAUGCAGACCUUUGGAAAGACGAAGAGGUGGAGUUGAAUGGUCAGGUCGACCUGAAUGGCCAUAACCUGAAUGGCCAGGGCAUGGCGGAGAUGUUUCAGCCCCUCACUAUGGUGCUGAGCGGACAAAGCGACAGCCCCACCAGUCGCAGCAAAGAUCCGAUGGUCCGACAGGUUACCCCUUUUGCUGAAGAGGAAGCGGUCCAGGCGUCGGCGUCGGCCUCCAUUUUCACGGGCAAGUUCCAGGACGUCAUGAGAAUGAGCGAAGCAAGUAUAUUCAGUCCCAGAUCCGAAGCCGUCGCUCCGCGGGUACGAAUACGCGUCAGUGAUGUCUCGGAGACUCUGACCGAUGGCACUGGAAGUGGUUUGGCGAGUCCCACAGCGUUGCCGGCGGAGUUCGCGGAGACCAACGUGCACGACAUGUGGCGAGCGGAAUCCGAUGCUUUGCGUGCCAGGAAAAAGACUUCCGAUCGAGGGAACUUGAACAGCAUCAGUAGUCGAAACUAUUCUCGCCUCACACGUCGACAUGAUCUCAAGAGCCGCCUUCAGGGGGGCUUGUCGGGUUUUGUGAUGAGGCCAGAUAGCUUUCUGUGCGUUCUAUGGGAUAUCAUCUGUGGGAUCAUGAUGUUGCACGACAGUGUGAUGAUCCCCUUGCUCACGGCCUUUGAUGUCCAACAGACGGGAGCCGUCUACGGCUUCGCAUUGGUGAGCGCUGUGGUUUGGUGUUUAGAUAUGAACAUCUCCUUCUUUCGCGGCUUCAUCAAUGCCCGGACAGGCUUUGUGGAGAUGCGCAUGCGGCCCAUUGCACGCCGCUACCUCACCGGCUGGUUUUUGCCGGACGUGGCGCUGAUCUCGUUGGACAUGGUCUCCUUCUUCAGCACGGAAAGCAGCAACAUGGUGUCCUUCACCUUGUUUCGUCUCUUCCGAAACCUGCGGCUCUUGCGGCUGGUGCGGAUGGUGGGUCGCGCCGGCGUGCUGAAGGAGCAUUUGCAAACUUUCGAAAUCAUGGAGUGGGCAUCCGUCUAUGUGGAGACCACCCUGGGAAUGAUGAAGCACUUGGCCAUCAUCGCUUUGAUGUGCCACUUCUGCGGUUGUGCCUGGUACGCUUUGGGACGCACGGGACAGGAAUUGCCGGGACAGACCUCAUGGAUCACCGUGCACGCAGGAACCAGAGAUGAGCUGGGCCUUCCCACCGAUCUCAUGUAUAUGUACAGCACUUCGCUCCAUUGGGCCUUGACGCAGUUCACCCCGGCGGCCAUGGAGGUCUCGGCCAGCAACGGUGUGGAGCGCCUCUUCACCGUCUGCGUCGUCCUCACAGGACUCAUUGCCUUCAGCUUCUUCUUGGGCUCGAUCAACCAAUCCUUGAGCCAAUUGAAAGCCCGCAGUGCCCAGGAAACCUUCCAGAACAUGCUGGUUCGCCGCUACAUCAGCGAGCGGCAGUUAUCCAUGGAACUGGCCGCUGACAUGUUGGCCUUCAUCCGGCAACGUGGACUGGGAAAAGCCAAGAGCAAAGUGGUCUUCAGCGAUAUCAAGGCCUUGGACAGCUUGCCACGAGAGUUGCUGGCGCACUUGCAGCACGAAGUGGGCCUUCCGAUCUUGGACACUCAUGCGAUGCUGAAGCAUUUGAGUGUGCUGGGCAGCAAGGAGAUGACUCGCUUGUGCGAGAAGGCCCUGAAGGAGUCCCGACGGAUCUACGGCGAACACUUGUUCGAAGCCGGCGGCGGCGGCGAAAAGAUGUACUUCAUCCUGUCCGGACGCUUUCACUACACCAGUGAGUUGCUGCUGGAUGUGACCCACGAAGUGUCCAAAGGGAUGCGCUGCAGUGAAGCCUCUCUUUGGCUCUCCUGGGAGCACCACGGAACGAUGACCUGUGCGGAUCACACCUCGUAUCUCUUUCAGCUGGACGGCGCCAACUUUCGGAAGAUCAUGGUGCGCUCCGACCAAGCUGAGCUGUGCGCAAUGUACGCGCGACUCUUUCACAAGGGCUUGAUGGAGGCGUCUGUAACUGAGGAGGACGCCAGCGACUUGUUCGGCAGCGACGAGGACGUCGCGCAGAUCAUGACGCCCAUCCGCGCGGUGAUCCGCACCAGCAACUUGAUGGCGGACUUUGGGCACUUCUCCGCUGUUUGGGCUUUCCAAGUCUGGAAGGAAUGGCUUCAGGACAAGAAAGAUGAACGACGGAGAUCCAAGAGAAACAGUUUUAAUUUUUGCGGCCGCAGAGAGGCGUCCUAA